CGGGCGCGGAGCUGGGCGGCGAGGGGGGCGGCCGUUUGUUUUCUCGGGCCUCGAGCUCGCGCGCUCUCUUCUCCUGGAGCGGCGGGGCGGAGAAACGGCGGUGGCGGCGGCGGCUGUGGCCUCGGACUGCUUCCUGUCUCCUCUCCGGCGAACCGGUUCCUCUCCCCCUCCUUUUCACUGUUUGUUGUGUGUUUGAUGUGUUAAAGCAGGAGCGAGAAGGCGAGCAGCGCCAUGAGCAACACCACCGUCGUCCCCAGCACGGCGGGCCCGGGCCCCAGCGGCGGGCCUGGCGGCGGCGGCGGCGGCGGCACCGAGGUGAUCCAGGUGACUAAUGUCUCCCCGAGCGCCAGCUCUGAGCAGAUGCGGACCCUCUUCGGUUUCCUAGGCAAGAUCGACGAACUGCGCCUCUUCCCGCCCGAUGAUUCACCUUUGCCUGUCUCAUCUCGUGUCUGCUUUGUUAAGUUCCAUGAUCCCGACUCAGCAGUUGUGGCUCAGCAUCUGACAAACACUGUGUUCGUUGACAGAGCUUUGAUAGUCGUACCAUAUGCAGAAGGAGUUAUUCCUGAUGAGACUAAGGCUUUGUCUCUGUUGGCACCAGCUAAUGCAGUGGCAGGUCUUCUGCCUGGUGGUGGACUCCUGCCUACCCCUAACCCACUUACCCAGAUUGGUGCUGUUCCACUGGCUGCUUUGGGAGCUCCUACUCUUGAUCCUGCCCUUGCUGCACUUGGGCUUCCUGGAGCAAACUUGAACUCUCAGUCUCUUGCUGCAGAUCAGUUGCUGAAGCUUAUGAGUACUGUUGAUCCCAAGUUGAAUCAUGUAGCUGCUGGUCUUGUUUCACCAAGUCUGAAAUCAGAUACCUCUAGUAAAGAAAUAGAGGAAGCCAUGAAGAGAGUACGAGAAGCACAGUCCCUUAUUUCUGCUGCUAUAGAACCAGAUAAAAAAGAAGAAAAACGGAGGCACUCACGAUCAAGGUCACGUUCCAGGAGGAGGAGGACUCCCUCAUCUUCCAGGCACAGGCGGUCAAGAAGCAGAUCGAGGAGGAGAUCGCAUUCUAAGUCAAGGAGUAGGCGACGGUCCAAAAGUCCACGCCGGAGAAGAUCUCAUUCUAGAGAGAGAGGCAGACGGUCAAGGAGCACGUCAAAAACCAGAGACAAAAAGAAAGAAGACAAAGAAAAGAAGCGUUCUAAAACACCACCAAAAAGUUACAGCACAGCCAGACGCUCCAGAAGUGCAAGCAGAGAGAGACGAAGACGAAGAAGCAGGAGUGGCACAAGGUCUCCUAAAAAGCCUAGGUCUCCUAAAAGAAAAGUAUCUCGCUCACCAUCCCCUAGGAGACAUAAAAAGGAGAAGAAGAAAGAUAAAGACAAAGAAAGAAGCCGAGAUGAAAGAGAACGGUCAACAAGCAAGAAGAAGAAAAGUAAAGAUAAGGAAAAGGAUCGGGAAAGAAAGUCAGAGAGUGAUAAAGAUGUAAAAGUUACACGGGAUUACGAUGAAGAGGAACAGGGGUAUGAUAGCGAGAAGGAGAAAAAAGAGGAGAAGAAACCAACAGAACCAGGUUCCCCUAAAACAAAAGAAUGUUCUGUGGAAAAGGGAACUGGUGAUUCACUAAGAGAGUCCAAAGUGAAUGGGGAUGAUCAUCAUGAAGAAGACAUGGAUAUGAGUGACUGAGCACUGCCUCCGUGCGAGUCCACCUGUACACAUGCAUCAGUGUCAUUCCUCUGUGUGAUUUCUUAAUGCUGUAUUUGUUCAUCUCAAACCUAGAUGUAUACAGCUCCGAGUUACUUUAAUGGUUAUAAAGCUCCUGAUAUUGAUAUUUGUUAUUUACAUCCCAAAGCUUUUAGAAAAUGACACGUGGGUAACCAGUUCUUGACAUGGUGAAAUCUGAUUGAGUAGCCAAGCAGUUUACUGUCCUGGUGCUGCUGCGUAACAAGAAUGAGAAGCUGCAUGCGUCUCCAGCAGGCAUGGACUGUUUCUGUUGUAUGACCUCCUUUAUUAGCUAAGUUCACUUAUAGUAUUUCUAGAAUUUGAUUCAUCGCCGUGAUAGAGCCAUGUAGGGAAUGCACUGAUUGCAUGUUAAUUGUGGCAGGAAUAUCCUAAAUGUCAUUAAAAUUCUCCAACAUGAUGGAUCUACUUACGGUCUUGUUUUGUUGACAUGACAAAUUAACAUUCUUAUAGUUACAUCUGGUAAUGAGCAUUUGAAAUAGAUAAUCCUUUAAGCCUUGUGGCUAAAUUUUUGUGGCUUUUGUUUAACUUUGAAAGGUUAUAUAUGCACUAACCUUUUUUGAUGGCUAAUUAGGCUUUACAGAAAUAAGAUUUCAAAUGAAACUGUCUUUGGCAGUGAGUAAAUAGCAUAUUUUGAAGUAGAGUUGUAUACUUUUUCAUAAGAUGUUUGGGAAUUUUUUUUCCUGAAAUAAUUUAUUCCACAUCUCCGUCGGUGAAAGCAAUCUGCCUGUCCUGAGUCCAUCUGGAAAAGAAAGUUCUCUCUCGUCCUGGUUUUCAAGUUUCCACUUUUAUUAAUUUGUUUUAAUCUCAGUGUUGGAAAAAGGGGAUAGUGCAUUUUAAAUUGACCUUCAUAUGCUUUUAAAAUAAGACAGAUCUACUUGAUAAUGUACUUUUUAUUUGAUCUCAAGUUGUAUAAAACCAAUAAAUUUGUGUUACUGUUACUGCAGUAGUAAUCUUAUGCACACAGUGAUUCCAUGUUAAAUGCAGAGUAGUUAGGUAACUGUUUUCCUAGUUACAGGAGUUUCAAGCUUCACUUUUGUGCAGUAAAAACAAAAGUAGGCUACAGUCUGUGCCAUGUUGAUGUACAGUUUCUGAAAUUGUUUUACAAGACUUUGAUAAUAAAACCCUUAAACUUA